UCCGGGUGUCGGCGGGCGGGCUGGACGGGACGCGGAGCGUGGCCAUCUGUGGAAAACGCCAAUCGUCGUCGACGGACACGCGUGUCGCGGAGUGAGCUCCCGGCGGUGAUCGGCGUGAACCCAGAAAUAUGGCCGUCGCUGCCUGUCUGAAAGCUUCCCAGUCAACUGUCGUUGGGUACGCGGGACACGCUCAGCCACUGCAUCUGGGAGUCAUGAACGGCAUGGGAAGCGGCGGGCCUGGGGGUGGUCUCCUGCAGAGUCAGCUGACCCGGUCGCUGGAGCGCAUCCUGGAAGACGCCCAUCUUAGUGGCGAGCUGAAGCUGAGUGGCCGCAAGCUGAAGGACUUUCCGAAGGCGGCUGGCAAAUACAACCUCAGCGACACCGUGAUUGCAGAUCUCUCACGCAAUCGAUUUUGUGAGCUACCGGAAGACGUCACGUGCCUGGCGUUUCUGGAGCGCCUGCUCGUCUACCACAACACCAUCCGCUCCGUGCCGGAAACAAUCCGUGGGCUACAUUCGCUAACGUACUUAGAUUUAAGAAACAAUCAGCUAGCUGUGUUGCCGCGUGAAGUAUGCACCCUCCCGCUGCAAGUUCUGUUGGUGUCGAACAAUCGGCUUGCGACACUGCCCGACGAACUGGGCCGCAUGGAGAAGCUGACGGAGCUCGAUGCGGCUUGCAAUCAAAUUACACAUCUGCCAGCGCGAAUGGGCGAUCUGCGCAGCCUGCGCUCGCUGAACCUGCGCAGCAAUCAGCUCGUUUACUUACCUCGCGACCUCACCUGCCUGCAGCUGACAUUUCUGGACAUAAGCGGCAACAAGAUCGCUACCCUUCCGGUGGAGCUCCGGCUAAUGAGUUCGCUGGUCGACUUGGAGCUGUCGAACAAUCCGCUCACUUCGCCACCGGCCAGUCUUUGUGUCCGUGGGUUGGUGCACGUUUUCAAGUAUUUGGAAACGAUGGCCGCACGCGAAGAAAAGUCCAAAACCGGCGCCGAUGGGCACGCCACACUGCGGCGAACGGCUCUGUCUGCGAAAGGUUCUGGCAACUUUUUGCUGGACAGCCAGCAGCGAAACCGUAGGGCCCACGUCGAUUCGGGCUACUGCACCAGCGACGGUGGCUACGACGGUAAGCGAUGGCUGAACGACGAAGAUGCACACAACUUCAUCACCUCAUCGCCCAAAUGGUCCCCCAUUCCUCUGCACUCGAGCUUCGGCGGUAUGGCGCGCGGUGGGUGUAGUAACCAAAGCAAUGCUUCUACUCUGUCCCCAGGUGCACACCCAUCCGCACUGGCAGCUACGAAUCUCACAGCACCGAACGAAGCCUCUUCGCUGGCGAAUGGCCCCGGUGCUACUGCUGCCGGUGAUGGUGGUGGUGUAAUUUGUUGGGAAGAAGAGUUCCGGAAGAACGCUGCCCUGCAGGAUUCGCAUCCGGAUCGGAAGCAACUGUCGAACAACAACAGCAACGAUAUGUCCCCCGAGGGUGACUUUACACCCGAUGGUACGAAGACGGACGAUAAAAGCCGCACCUUCGCCAACUAUCAGACGUACCGCGAGUACAAGGAAGCGCUCAGGCAGCAGCGAAACCUCGACUCCGUGUACCGCAGCAAAGAUCAGCCCCAGACGCCCGACAGCGGCGGAUCGGCGACCGAUUCGCCACUCAGCAACGUGUCACCGCACACGAAGUCGGUCUCGUCGUCUUCCGUUUACAGUAGCAGCAACCAAAGCUCUCCCGUGUCACCGCUCCAUGCCGGGGCCGGUGGUGCCGGCAAUGUGAACAAGUUGAACCAAAUCAAUGCGAAUGGCAACUUUACUACGUUCGGAGGAAACUCGUUGCCGUCAGCGAAUCGUAAUGGCGGUCAAUCGUCGCUCGUCGAUGAAACCCUAGCGGGUCCGAGCAGUGCAACGGGAACACCCAACAAGCGACCGGUGCAGAAGGUCAUACCGUCUCGAAACAUAAGCUCUUCCUACCAAAACCAAUCGCCGACGCACUUGAACGGAAACCAUCAUCCAGUGGUUGGGCCGACCGGCAAUGGCACCGGUGCGCAGGGUAAAAUCCCUGUAGCGAAUGGCGGCACGUCAAAAGUGGCACUAACCUCACCGAACGGUGGUGCCACUGGCGAAUACGCGUACGUCAAACCAAACAGUCCCUCGAAGGUGACCGGGGGUAUACUGAUCCACAAUAAUGUUCCUCCAUCGUCGAUACCGAAACCGGCCGCACCAAACGGUGGUGGUGGUUUGGGUUCGCCCGUGCUGGCGGGCCAGAAGCCACUCACCGCAACCGUGGGCUACGUGAAUAACGCGAAACCGGGACAGAAAACGAAUAAAACUGUCUCCUGGAACCGUGAUGUACCCACGGAAAAGCUGAGCUUCACGAUGCGCCGUGAGUUUGAUAAGCAGAAAGAGGAAACCGAGUUGAUCGAACAGUUGCGCCACAUCAUAGAAGCCCGUUUGAAAAUGACUCUCCCUGAAGAUGUGGCCCCGGCCCUGAUGGAUGGUGUAGUGCUUUGCCACCUGGCGAACCAUGUACGCCCGCGUUCGGUAGGAAGCAUUCACGUUCCCUCUUCGGCUGUGCCGAAGCUAACGAUGGCCAGGUGCCGCCGGAAUGUAGACUACUUCCUAGACGCAUGUCGCAGAAUCGGUGUUGACGAGGAGUUGAUUUGCUCCUGUCAGGACAUCGUUCCAUCAACCACCGCGGAUUCGACGUUAACAGCGUUGGAGGACCGUGAUCGAACUGAGGCAGACGAUCGACAGGGAUCGGAGGAGCGUACGCUCAGUCCAAGACCUCCUAACCCGAAUGCAAUGUACCGUACAAUAAUGGCCUUAUUGAACCAAUCCGGUGCCGUGCCAGUGUCGCCACCUUCACCGCCGGCCCAUGGUCACGUUCGUCGCCCACGGUCACCACCCCCACCGCCUCCGCCAUCGGUGCAAGGCACGGCACCCAUUUUCCCGGCUGCUGCAACCAACACCAACAGCGCAACAGUCCCAGAGAAGAGUGUCGAUAACGGCACAGCAGCCACUUACACCCAGAUAAGCCUAUUUCCAGCAGGAAAACAGGACGAGCAAAGUGUCACUGCAAGUUGGUCCGCGUGUCAGGAACAGCCGCUGAACGCUGGGACGCGAGGCACCGAAGAACGUCGCAACGUGCCGGUUACGCUAGAUCUUCACAAAUCUGGCGUAAAACCAGGCCGGAAACGAAAGUUUCCCUCGACGCGAAACGCCCGGCGCAAUCAGCAGAUGGUCGGCAGUACGAACGAUGUACAGUCGAAUCUGAAUGAAAUUAUCGAAGAAUGUGAAUACGAUAGCGACAUCGGAAAGUUCCGUUGCCGUACCGGGGGCAGCGAUGGCACGGGAAGCUACGAAGGCGGCGAAUACGAUGAUUCCGAGGCGAGCCUUACAUCUUGCGACGACGAUCGUGAAGGUGGUACCGAUGGUCCGGAGGAGGGUGGAGAUUUGUUUACCCCAGUCAAUGCCCAACCCCCGCUGGUUGGUUCGAUCGUUCAGGUCCAACCGUCGUGCAACGACCUGGACACACCGACGUCUGAUCCGUUUUCGGUGAAAGCGUUGGGAUCGGGUGGUAAUGAAAAUUUUAACAUCAUCCCGGGAAUCGAGGAUGAGCAGACAGCGGGCAAAAAGGUGGUAACGAAACGAAUUGAAUUUUUCGAAAAUGCUGCCUCGAAAGAAGGCCGGAAGAUACUGAACAGUGAACAGGCCCACGGUGCGCUGGGCUCGCCACUGAAGCCAACGUGCGCUUCGGAGGGGGAAGUUUGCGAAAAGGACAAUUGUACCGAUCGGAAAGACGGAUACGCCGGAUUGGAGAAUCGUUCGAGCGAGUCCAAUCACUCGCUGGUUUCGACGGUACUAUGUUUGGGAACGUUCUUGUUCACCGUCGUCUACCUGUAUCUUUACCCUUUGUCCCCGUAAUUGUCAAAUGUUUGUGCCUGUUGAAGGUUUUUGUACUUGAUUUGUAGUCCGUUUUGGCAUCUUAACUCUGUUGUUUUUUUAAUUGGUUGAAGAAGAA